CUGAACGACACUUUCAUUGCAUUGACAGUCAGUGAGCGCACAGACACUGCAAACCCAUUACUGUUAUCUUUUGGUAAGUCUUGUGGUGAACGCAUCUGAAGAUAACAAGUGAUGUCGUCAUCAAUCGGACGCUCGAAGACGUCGUCGUCGACGAAGUCGUCGGAGACCUCGUCGUCGGUCUCGCUGUUCGCCAUCCGCCCGAACGCCGGCACAGAGGGACGCGUUAUGGAAGUGGUCGCCAACCACUUCCCCAUGAAGUUCACGUCCGACCUUAUGGUCUACCACUACGACGUGGAUAUGGAGCCCAUGCGCCUCAACCAGGAGUUGUCGCAAAUGACGUUUAGCGACGACACGGCCGACAAGAGUGACAAACGGCGCGCGAAGAAACUGAACUCAAAGGUGUAUCGCAUAGUCGUGGAGGAGGCCAUCAAACGAUACUCAGGUCCGGGAGAGCUGUUCGAUGGCGUGCUUCCCGUGUUUGACGGCCAGAAGAAUAUGUACACGAGAAAGGAGUUGGAUUUGGAGCGCUUCGCCGUGAAGGGCGGGCCCUCCCUUCCCGCGGACACCGACCGAGUGGUGGCGCGAAUCAAAGUGGAGGUCAACGAAGACGGACACGAAACGAUGUAUGCGCUGAAUAUCAAGAACGCGUCCGUCAUUGACAUGAAUGGCCUGAAGAAGUACUUCGAGAAGCAGACGUUUACCAUACCGUCGGACGCCCUGCAAGUGCUGAACAUCAUCUUAAGACACGCGCCGUCCAUCACGAAGAUCCCGGUGGGGAACUCGCUGUACGCGCCCGCCUCGGAGGCCAAGGGUAUGCGCAAAGACAUAGGCGGCGGCCGUCAGUUGGCGUACGGAUACUUCCAGUCCGUGCGACCCGAGUCCAAUGGUGUGAGUCUAGUGAUUGACCGCACGGCCACCGCUCUGUACGACUCGGGACCACUCGUGCGCUUCAUCUCGAAGAUUAUGGGCAUUCAAAACAGAGCCGAUUUCAUGAAUCUCAAGGAAUUCCGCGAUUCGGACCGAAAGCGCAUUGAGAAGGAGUUGAAGGGAAUCGUCAUUCAAGUGACUCACUUGACAUACAAACGCAAGUAUAAAGUGAUCGGAAUGUCCAAAGAGCCGGCCACUCGAGUCACCUUCGACUACAAGAAGACUGAUCCCAGAGGUAUGUCUGUCCGCGUGUUGGCGCUAAGCAAAGAGAUUGAUUUGGGAAAGAUUUCGGUGAUGGAGUUCUUCGAGAAGCACUACCCGGACAGGUGUCCCCUCCAUUUCGGACACUUGCCGUGCAUUAUGGUCGGCAACUCGAAGAAUCCCAAUUACCUGCCGCUCGAUGUGUGCGAACUCGUGCCCGACCAACACGUGUCGAAGAACCUGACGAACGAACAGAUGGUGGAAAUGAUCCGCUCGUCGGCCUCGCAGACGCCGGCGAAUCGGUUGGCAUUCAUUCGCGAGUCGGCGAAGAGUACGAUCCUCGACUCGAAGCCCUAUAUGAAGGAGUUCGGCAUCUCGUUCGCCGCCGGGAACGCGCCGCUCAAGAUUGAGGGCCGAGUGCUGGUGCCCCCGCAGCUCAUGUACGGCAACGGCCGCCCACUGAACCCCUUCGAUGGCAAGUGGGAUGUGCGGAAUCAACAGUUCUACGAACCCCGACACCUGGAGCACUGGAUUAUUAUAUCUUUGACCCCCAAUCUGGAGCCCAAGAUGGAGGCGUUGGAGCGCGCCAUCAAAGAGUCGGGCACUAAGUUGGGGAUGCGGGUGAUGGCGGCCACCAAACGCGUGUCCGUCAGGAGCUACGAUCAGAACACGAUCACCAAUAUCUUCAAGAAGGCACUGGAGGUGACCGGUGGACGGCUUCAGAUGAUGGUCUUCAUCAUUACCCCGAAGUACCAGUAUUUGUACGAAUCCAUCAAAAAGGUGGGAGACGUGGACUUCGGUAUAGUCACGCAAUGCAUCAAAGAGGCCAAUCUGAACAACUUGAGGCCACCGCUCAUGCAGAACGUGAUGCUCAAAGUGAACACCAAAUUGGGAGGCGUUAACGCCGUCUUGACUAACAUCCCGGUCCUCAAGAAGCGAACAAUGCUUGUGGGCGUCGACUGCUCCCACCCAGGAGUCGGCGAUCGUAUGUCGCGGUCGGUGUCGGCCUGUGUCGCGUCCUUUGAUCACUCGUAUGUCAAGUACUUCGCGACGACUCGUCUCCAGCGUCGAGUGCAGGAGAUCUCGCAAGAGCUCCAGGAGAUGAUGUUAGACCUGUUGCGCGAGUACUCGAACAGAAACAAUGGCGAACUCCCGGAGCAGAUCAUCGUCUAUAGGGAUGGCGUCAGCGAAGGCCAGUUCAACGCCGCGCUUCAGCAGGAGAUCAAAGCGUUGAGCAAAACGUUUGCCGCCGAACGCGAGGGCUAUGAACCUCAGUUGACAUACAUUGUGGUCCAGAAGCGUCACCACACGAGAUUCUUUCCGUCGAAUCCGGCCGAAGGCGUGGGUCGCGCGAAGAACGUGCCGCCGGGUCUGGUGGUGGACACGGAUGUGGUGUCGAAGACGCACUUCGACUACUUCCUGUGCUCGCACGAAGGCAUUCAGGGCACCAGUCGUCCGACGCAUUACUUCAUCCUAUGGGACGACAAUAAGUUCACUCCGGAUCAGUUGCAACAGUUGACAUUCGCCUUGACUCACGUGUACGCGCGCUGCACCCGAAGCAUCUCAUACCCGGCGCCCAUCGCUUACGCACAUUUGGCCGCAUAUCGCACUCAGCGGCACAUCAUUGGCUUCAAGCAGAGGGAGGACUCGGAGUCGGGCUCUUACGGCGGGUCGUCGGUUGGUGUGGCCGCUCCACGGCGUCACGGAGUGGGCGGCGAUGAGGUGCUCAUGGAUAAGAUGAAGAUCAACGCCGCCUUCAAGAGUCAGAUGUACUUCUGCUAAACAGUCGACACUUUGCUUUCAUUUUGUUUUAGACUUCAAUUCUUAUAAGAAUUUCUU